AUGGAACUAGUCCCGGAACCUACUCGUGACCGUCCUCAAGGUAUCUGGUCCCUGCUCCCAUCAUCGCUGAAGGCUGCUGCAAGCGCAACUCCAGCAAAACUCUGGAUGGCACGGAUUUCUCAGCCUUCUUUGGAGUUCCUCCUUCAUGACGGUGAGCAAGGGGUUCCGCAGCAGUACAAGGGGAUCGCAGCGGUGAUACUGAUGCAGCAGCUAUGCGACUCGGGAAGCCAAGGGAGGUGUUGGGACAAGGCGCCCGGCGGCGAGCAUUACUGGAUAGGAGCUGCAGGACGCUACCUGCUGCAUAACGGGAAGAUUCACACUUUAUUCGAGCCCCCGGGAAAACCGGCCUUGCUAAGAAGUGUGGAAGUUGGCAAUUCCCACGCCACGAUCGCAUGGAACCCUCCGACGGUGGCUGCGGAAACUGUCACUGCGUACAACGUGUACAGGGUUGCAAGCAGUGAAAAAUCCGGCAAGCCGAAUGGUGCCGCCCCGGCACGAGCGUUGAUGCGCCGUCAGUUCUCCGCCAACCGCUUUGCAGAGCGCCGUAUCCGUAAUCCUAGACUAGAGCCUGCCUUGAACCAGAACUGGGACAGCAUUUUGAUAGCAUCCGUCGACUCUGAUGUCAGGGUGUACUCCGAUCAUUCGUUGACGGGGCUUUCAAAAUACCGGUUUUAUGUCAAGGCUUUGAACCAGGCUGAACAAGAAGGAGCUUCAAGUGAUGAAAUCACAGUUCGGACUGGAGAGCCGGGGAAGCCUUCGGCUCCUUCAGAACUUACGUGCAACAGGCAUUCGAAAAAACAGUACAACCUGAAUAGCAAAUACGGAAGCCUGUCCGACCUCAAGGAGUUAAUACGGACAGCAGCUCAUCAAUAUCAGCUGUCCUGCUGCGUGGACGUUGUCGCAAACCAUAGAAGCGCGACGAAGCAAGACAGAAAUGGACACUGGACGGUUUUUGAGGAUCCGCAGUGGGGCUCCUGGGCGAUUGUUUGCAACAACCUCCAGGGAUAUGCAGGAGAAGGAGGUCUAGACACGGGUACCCUGGUGGAAUGUGCCCCCGACUUGGAUCACACAAACCCACAGGUUCAAACGGACGUUAAAAAGUGGUUGCUGUGGCUGAUCAAGGAGAUAGGAUACACUGCCAUUAGGCUCGACAUGGCAGGUGGUUAUGGAGUUCGCUUCCAGAAAGACUAUGUUGACAGCGUGGACAAGCCGUUUACCGUCGGGGAAUACUGGGACGGCCGCGUCGAGGCGCUGGUUAACUACGUUCGAGCAGGUCAAGGAUCACUUGCUGCGUUCGAUUUCGCCCUCUACUACGUCCUCAAAAGAUGCGUUGAAUCACAGAAUUUCCAGGAAUUGAACGCGUACGGGCGCAUUAACGGCCUCAUCGGAAUCGAGCCCCAGCUAGCUGUUACGUUUAUCGAAAACCACGACACAGAUCAUCUGGACUACUGUAGUACUUUCGGAGGCGGGAAUCUCGACGCCGUUCUGCAGGGUUAUGCGUUCAUACUGACCCACCCCGGGGUGCCAAGCGUGUACUGGAACCACUUUUCUGACUACGGACAAUAUUGCAGGCAAAAAUUACAAGAGCUAUGCGAUGUCCGAGUGCACCAACACAUCCACAGUACUAGUGGGAUCUUCAUGGCAAGGACAGAGUGGGGGCUGUACGCUGCGUACAUUUCACCGGAGACACGAUUCUGCCAACCCGCAACUGCAAGUGUGGCAGUAAAAAUAGGCUUCAAGGACUGGUCUCCGCAGGGCCCCAACUGGGGGAUCGCUACCUGUGGCAUGAAUUACUGUGUCUGGACCCGAAAUAAGGAGUUCCACUGCUAG